AUGAAAACGGGUGCAGUGGCUCAAGUGACCCCCAAUUUUUACUACGCACGUGGCCCGCACCGGAACAAACGCAGCGCGGAGCGGAGCCGCGCCUCCCUCGCCGCGGGGCGGGUCUUUCGGUCGCUUCCGCCAGCCGCGGUCGCCGAAGCGGAUACGCGCGCGGGCGCGGCCCGAUCCGCGGGGGGGCGCAUGAGCGCGCGACUAAGCAAGCUGCGGGCGGGGCUCUGCGUCGCGCGCCCGCCUGCGAGAUGCCACGCCACCCGCCCCCCCGCGCAGCCCCCCGCAGCACAGGCCGCUCUCUAUGUGCACUGGCCCUAUUGUGAGAAACGCUGCAGCUACUGCAAUUUCAACAAGUAUAUCCCCCGAAACCUUAAUGAAUCUGGCAUGAGGGACUGCCUUAUUCAGGAGGCCAAGACCUUGAUCCAGCUCAGCCGAGUCCAAAGAAUCACAUCAGUAUUCUUUGGUGGGGGAACACCAAGUUUGGCCAGCCCAUUCACCAUUGCUGCUGUCUUGGAUACCAUUUCCCAAUGUGCCUAUUUAGCAGAAGGCACUGAGGUUUCAUUGGAAGCAAAUCCCAUUUCAGGGGAUGCCUUGCGCCUUGCCGAGUUCCAGAAAGCAGGUGUCAACCGCCUCUCCAUUGGCAUCCAGUCACUUGAUGAUGCAGAACUGGAGCUUCUUGGAAGGAACCACACUGCUGGUGAUGCUCUGAAAACUUUGGAAGAAGCCAGGAAACUCUUUCCAAGCCGUGUGUCCAUUGACCUCAUCUUUGGUCUUCCAGGUCAGACAGUUGCCUCGUGGGUCCAGGGUUUGGAGCAGUUGCUUGCUGUGUGUGAUGAUCAUAUCUCUCUCUACCAGCUGACACUGGAGAGAGGCACUUCUCUGUUCAAGCAGGUCCAUCAGGGCUUCCUGCCCAUGCCCGAUCCAGAUGUCGUAGCAGAAAUGUAUGAUUCUGCACGGCACAUUCUGCAGAAUGCAGGCUUUCGUCAGUAUGAGGUCUCCAAUUUUGCUAGGAAUGGGGCACUUAGUACCCACAACCUCUCCUACUGGCAAGGCAGUCAGUACAUUGGGCUUGGACCAGGAGCCCAUGGCAGAUUCGUGCCAUGGGCAGAUGGCAAGAUUCAUCGAGAGUCCAGAAUACAGACACUGGAGCCAGAUAUAUGGAUGAAAGAAGUAUUGGCCUUUGGGCAUGGGACACGGAAGCGGACAGUGCUGAGUGAACUGGAUAUACUGGAGGAGGUCCUGAUGCUGGGACUCCGUAUGGAUACAGGAAUCACACACCAGCAUUGGCUACAUUUUGCCCCCAAUCUCAGUCUGUGGAAUGUGUUUGGAGAAUCAGAGGAAGUGAAAGAACUGGUAGAGCAUGGAUUGCUUCUUCUAGACAACAGGGGACUGAGGUGUUCUUGGAAAGGACUCGCUGUGCUGGAUUCCCUGCUGCUGACACUUCUUAGCCAGCUGCAGCAGGCCUGGGCAGAGAAGGCAAAAGCAUUCAGCGGGCCCUGAAGUCCAAACGCUGCACUCCACUAACUUGCAGCAGAACACAUUGAAAGGGCCAUCUAAGUUGGAGGUUGAAGACUGUUCCGAUAUUAUCUCCAGUCUGGAAGGUUGUUCAAAUGCUGAGGUCACAUCCAGAGAAACGAGUUUCUUAAAUGAAGUUGGUGAGUUGACUGUGGUCUUAUACUGGGUGCGUGUAUUGGCAUGAACUAAACUGUGGCAUCCUUGGGCGUGUGGCAUAAAUAAAAUUUGUUGUGUGUUGUUGCGGGUUUUGUGCAGGAGCAGAUAGACACCCCAGGAAAUUACCACAGUAAGGCUCUUAAUGCAAUAAUACAUGUGACCAUACAAAUAUUUUAUCAGUGCUCGCAUCUCUGAGCUUUGGCCGCUUUGUGCCAGGAUGGAAGUUGUUGUGGCUUGUACAAGAAAUAAAGCAUGUAACAUCUUUGGGCUACAUAAUGAAUAGAUUCAUUGUGACCUGGUUUUCAUUAACCGAAGUUUGCUACUUUUAACCAAACAAUAAAUAAUAGACUCUGCGGAAGGAAAGAAACUCAGAAAUAAAAGAUUUGAAUAUUGUACCUGCAGGGUAGCUUCUCAUGCUCAUGGUUCAGUUCUGCAGAAUACAAUCGAGAGGGUGAAAAAGGCUUUCUCGCUGGAAUAUCCUCUGUCUUCAUAGUAAAAAGCCAGAAGUGCUUUUACAGUAUGAGGGUAAUUUGCACACAUCCUUCUGUUAUGUACUUGCUCCCAGAAUGUGUUUCACAUUCGACCUGUUAUAUAAAUCAUAUAAAUGAAUUGGUUUCACCCAGUCUGCUGAGUUUCCUCUCUUUACUAGCCCUCUUUUUUUCUUGACCUCCAUCUCAUUGUGGUUUUUGUCCCGCUGGAACACAGAAAGAUUCCUUAUGUUGAGACAAGAGUCUUUCCUAGAUCUGCCUGCAGGUGACAGCAUUGAACUGGGACUUUCUUCAUUUAAACCGUAUGUUCUGCCACUGAGCUCCAGCCCUCCCCUAAGCUGUGAUUGCUGGUCUGGGUUGCUUUUGAUGGUCAAUCAGGCAUUGCCCUUGGACUGAGUACUUCCUGAUCCUUUGGCUUGCUUUGCUUAACUCAUUGUCAGGUUCCUUAUGCUCAGAUUACAAGAUGCAAUGUUAUGUUAUCCUCAGAGAUAUUAGUUGAAACAAGUUGCUGAAAACUGGCACAAGUAAAGCACACAUCCCCCCCCCUUUUUUUUUUAAUAAAUCCAGGAACAUGAAGCUUCCAGUUCAAAAGAUAUGGACGUUCCUUUCCAGAAGGGAAGCUACAUUAAGUUAUGCUAAAUGAAUGACAUUAGGUGGUUAGAACAUGAAUUUAUACCCUCUGCUCUACAUAGGUGUGCCAGCACAUAACUUAAUUUUUGCUAUUGAAAGAUGUGCUUCAUGAUAGUUUUAAAAAUAUUACAUGUGCUGUUAACAUAGACAUGCAUAGAUGUCCUCUAGGAGGUAGAUCCAUAAGGCAAUGGCUUUUAUGGAACUUAUUCCUAUGGACUGGGAUGCAUAAGCCUUCUUUGUUAAGCUAUUUAUUUUAGGCAAGAUGAGACUGUGGAGCUCAAAAGCCUGCACAUUCAAGCCAACAGGAAUCUAAUAUCUAACAGGCUGAUAUUUAAAAUGUGUAAACUCAAUGUGACUGUUAAUGUUUUAAUGGAUUUCAUUCUGACUCAGUUCAAGAAACUUGCAUCCAGAUCUUUGAUGAUUUCUAAGCACUUCACCAUGAGUGGCACCACUCCAUAGCAAGUGAAGUAACAGUCUCCUCUGUUCAAUUACUCCAUCCAUCAUAGUUGCAUCUUUCUAGCGGCAAAAGGAGAAAUAGUCUCUGAAGAGAAAUAAUACUCUUGGGUGUCUUUACAGAUUCUCUGUGCAAAGCUCUGCAUCCUGCAUAGCAUCCGAAGGCUGAUUUUUUAAAGUUGGAUGCAAAUAGUAUCUGAAUUUAAGUGGCAAAUGCAUGCAGAGCACCACCAACUGUGAAUGGUACAUAUGUAAUUAAGUGAGAAAAAGCCCUGGUAAUAAACAUCAAAGUGGAAGCACAGUUAUUUUCCAGCUUCCCACAUCUGUGUUGUGGUGAAAUAGCCUGAAGCCAUAACACGUCUUUCCCUUUAAGAACUAUCUCUGACCAAAGAUUCCUCUAGUGGGCAACAUAUUUAUUCCCUCCUCUUUUUCCUAAAUCUACUGGAAGAGACUGAUUAUACAAAGUCUGACCAGCACAGGCAGAAAAGAAAUGGAACCCUGAUUUUUGCUUUUUCCUGUCUUUCCUGGCAAACAAUAACCACUUUUAAGUAUCCAUUUCCUAAGCACCCUAGCACAUGCAAUACUUACCCUUUCCAGAUCCUAAUUGGUGGAUUCCUUUUAUUUGUCAAUCAGCUUCCCUUCUUUCACUACACAGAAUAAAGGUGGGCAGAUUUUGCCAUGUAAUUGUUUCCAGUUUGUCUUCACCUGACUGUCUGGAGGACCCAUGUUAAUUAGUAUGUGCAUUUUAUUUAGCUUCUUAGUGAUGCUACAUAUAAACCUGUUUGGCCUGUUUGUUUUCAUAGUGCCCUGACUGCACAUUCUCAUACCUUUUUUCUUAAAGUUUCUGGAGCAAAGUGCUUCCUUUAAGGAUCCAAGGAGCAAUCUGCGCAAGCUAGAUCACAUUGUAAUUUUGACUAUAGACUGGUUUUAGGGGAGAUAAGGAAAUCACAGACAGAACCUCAUAUAGCACCAUUUGUGGAACUGGUGUUGAUAGUGAACUCUACUAAGGUAAAGUGGAGAGGCAUGUAGUUGCAGAAACAGAAAGAAAUUGCAAGGCACUGAACCCAUUUCUUAAGGGUGCUGGUGAUGCAACUGAUCUUUACACCAAGCCAUUUAAAUGUGCACCCAUCAUUCAAAAUCAGUGGGGCUGCAUUGUCUUCUGCCCUCUAAAUGGAGCUAAUAUUUGGGCCUGAGUUUAAAAACCAAAUGUAAAAUGGCUUUGACUAGAUUGCUUGUUUUUGCCAUAAAACAGCUGGGGAAUACUUUACUGAAGUGCACUGGAUACAGGUAUCCACUCCUGGCUGCCCAGUAAGUCACUUAACCCCAUUUUCAGUACUUUUAAAUGUAUUACCUUUCCUCUCUGAAGACUGAGUUUUUCCUUUUCUUCAUUUUGCUGUGUGCAGGGCUUUAAAUUUCUGAAUGGUUUUUAAAGACUUGAAUUGUAAGUUGUCUUGGGGGCCCUUUGUGGAUAUGAUGGUGGCUCAGUAAUAUUUUUUAAAAAUAAAGUAUAAACAAACUUC